AAUCAGGAUCAAAAACGAUUUUAUUAGAAGAAGCAAAAAAACUUAAACAACAAAUUCAACAAAAAGAAUCAAAAUUAUUAGAAAUAGAAAAAGAAUUAUUAAAAGAAGCUUUAAAAAUACCUAAUGAUACACAUUUUAAUACUCCUAUUGGUAAUGAAGAAAAUGCAAAAUUAAUUAAACAAAUUGGUGAAAAGAUCAUUCCUACCAAAGAUUUAUCAUUAAAAGAUCAUCUUACAAUAUGUAAAAAUUUAAAUUUGAUAAAUUUUGAUCAAGCAUCAAAUGUUACUGGAACAAGUUGGUAUUAUUUAAUGAAUGAGGGAGCUUUAUUUGAAUUGGCUUUAAUUCAAUAUGGAAUUGAAAAAGCUAUAAAAAAAGGUUUCACUCCUAUAAUUACACCUGAUGUAAUUAAAAGUGAAUUUAGUCAUGCUUGUGGAUUUCAACCAAGAGAUAAUGAUGAAGUUUCCCAAAAUUAUUUUAUAUCAAAUGAAACUUCACAAAAUUUAGUAUUAUCAGCAACAGCAGAAAUACCAUUAGCAGGUUUAUAUUCAAAUAAAAUUUUAUCUCAUAAAGAAUUACCAAUAAAAUUAGUUGGAUUUGGAAGAGCUUUUAGGUCUGAAGCUGGUGCAAGAGGUCAAGAUACUAAAGGUUUAUAUCGUGUACAUCAAUUUAGUAAAGUAGAAUUAUUUACUAUUACUAAAAAUGAUCAAAGUGAUAAAAUGUUUGAAGAGAUCAUCGAAUUACAGGAAGAAAUUUAUAAAGAUUUAGGAUUAUGUUUUAGGAUAAUGGAUAUGCCAACACAUGAAUUAGGUGCAAGUACAUAUUGUAAAUAUGAUAUGGAAGCUUGGAUGCCGGGACGUGGAAAAUGGGGUGAAAUAUCUUCAGCAUCUAACUGUACAGAUUAUCAAUCUCGUCGGUUAAAUAUACGAUAUAAAUCACCUCCUUCUAAUACUACUGAAUUUGUUCAUACAUUAAAUGGAACUGCAGUUGCUAUUCCAAGAUUAAUAAUAGCUAUACUUGAGAAUUUUCAGAAAGAUGAUGGAAAAAGUGUUGUAAUACCAAAAGUGUUAAGAAAAUGGAUGGGAGAUAAGGAUAUUAUAAACCUUUAGUAAUAAAAUUGGGGCUAUAGUAUUUUUGGCGAUUAGAGUUUAAAUUACCCUCCAAAAGUAAGUGUUAUUUGUUAAAAUGUGAUGUUAGUAAAAUUUAUAUAAUAAACCAAGA